AACAACCAUGACCAUCCUCCCCUGCUAGCGACCAGCACCUACCGUCACGUCAAGCUUUUCCUCCCUCUCUUAUCCUUUAUUUUUCCCCUCCUCCUACCUUUGGUCAUGCUACCAGCUCCUUCAUCCUCCCCCCCCUCACGCUUUCCCCUUCCCCAGCUGGUAGCAUGACCAAAGGUAGUGAAGGAAAAUGGGGGUUGUAGGGGAAAGAGAAGAAGGAGGGAGGAAGGAAAGAGAAGGGGAAAGGGAGGAGAGGGAGGGAGAAAGGAAAAAAAAAGGAAGGAGAAGGGAAAGCGAGGAGGUGGCGGCAGAGGUGACGGCAGGCGAUGGUGGGCUAAAGUGGGGAUGGAAAUGGAGGUGGUAGUGGUGAGCUGAGGUGGCAGUAGGUGUUGGUGGGUUGAGGUGGUGACACUAGCAGUGAAAGUGGGAAUGGUUAGACGAUGACAUGUUUUCAUACUCAGCUGAGACGAUGCUGCAGUCAACGCCGCCAUUGUCCACUAUGCCACAUCUCUCCAAGUCCCGCUACUAUCACGGGACGAGAUCCAAGUUGCCGUUGACGUCCUCACAGCUAAGUCCCCAUGCAACUUCCUCAUCUUCGGACUCGGCCACGAUUCCCUCAUGUGGGCUUCACUCAACCCUGGUGGUACAACUUUAUUCCUAGAAGAAGAACCCAAGUGGGUCGACAAAAUUCUCAAGGACGCACCGCAUCUUCGUGCCCACGUGAUCAAGUACAGGACUAAAGUCUCCGAGGCGGAUGAUCUCCUCAAAGAGUGCCCGACCCAACCGGAAUGUUCCGCCCAGAAAGCUUUCCUCCGCGGAAAUGAGAGGUGCAAGUUGGCGCUGAACAUGUUACCGGAGGAAGUUUACAACCAGGAUUGGGACCUGAACUUGAUUGAUGGCCCGAUAGGGUAUUUUCCGGAGGCGCCAGGGCGGAUGUCGGCCAUAUAUUCAGCGGCUGUUAUGGCAAGGAAUAGGAAGGGGCCGGGAGCGACGCAUGUGUUCGUGCACAAUGUGGAUCGAAAGGAGGAGAAAGCUUAUACGGAAACGUUUUUGUGUAGCAAAAAUUGCGUCAAGAUCGUUGGGAAGCUUGGGCAUUUCGCGAUACCGCCUGCCGCUGAUUCCAACCCACAUUUUUGCUAGAAUAUUGGUCCGUCUGAUGGUGUGCCUAAAAUUAAUAUUACUGUACCGUAAAAUGUUUACUAUAAUUGUUGUGUAUUAAAAAGUAUUUGGAGAAUAUUUAUAUGA